AUGGCACAUAGCACCUUUUUGUCAUUACCUCCCGAAGUCUGCAUACAGAUCUUAAUUCUUGUUUCAUGGAAGACCCUCAUCCACUCGAAAAGAGUCUCGAAAGCAUUCCUUCGGCUUUUGCAGAGUAGUCCUGUAGAGUAUCAGAUCCGACUGGGUAUCGCUGGAUAUGAGCAAAACAACGUGGAUUAUGAAAUCUCAGUCAAGGAGAGGAUAGAGCUUCUAGAUCGCAUCGAGAGACCAUUUCGCGCGGCCAAAUUUCCUUCUGUUGUACCGAUCAAGCUCGUGAUGAACGCGGCAUUCGACGGUCAAUGCGCCUCUUGUGAUCUACGGGAUGGAUUUUACGUAGAAGGGAGAGCAUCUGAAGAACAAGGCAUGGAGCUGUAUACCUUUGGCGCGACAGUUCACCGUCUGCCCUCAGCCCUCCACCCCCUCGGCAGCUCGUGGAUCCUACCGGACUUCAAGUAUCCCAUAAGGGAUUUUACGUCAAGCCCGCACAACGACCUACUCGUCACUGUAGAGGAGACGUUACCGUUCAACGGUGAGGCUCUAACGGUUCUCCGUUUCCUGUCUCUCAGUGAUGGCAGGCCACAUCCUCAGUCUUGUGCAGAGUUUGUCCUCCAGGGUCAACUCGACGGCGACAUUCCUGCGGAAUUCUACGUGAUCAUAAUCAUCGGGGAUCUAGUAUGCCUACUCGCAGGCAGAUGGUACUUCACAAUCCUCAACUGGAAGACUGGGCAAAGUCUUGAUCCCAAUUUGGAGGAUCCCGUGGCUUAUGCUUUGAUAUUUCGAGCCGAAACUCUCCUUCGAGACGAGGUCACAGGAGUCACCGAAUGGCGUGACCACAUCCCUGUGGUCAGUGGAUCGUGCUGGAUGCACGAAACAUAUUUCGGGGAAUUACCCUCGGACAACUACAAACCCUUCUUCACGUAUGGGUCACGGAUGGUAUACCAGCAAUCUCAGUCAAACGCCGGCACGACGUCAAGAGGAUUGUACCUCCUUGAUUGUAAUCCCUCCUUUGUUGCGAUGGUUCAGGCCAAUUCCACAACAAAAAGCGCCUUUUUCGACGAAUUUGGCCCAUUGGACGCUGGGUGGGUGGUUAAACGGUCAAUUCGCGUCAGUGCAGGAGACAUUGUGUCCGAGGAUUGGGUUGGAGAUCUCCCUAUCUCCUGGAGGAAAAUUGAACAUAGUCCAGUGGAAUAUAUUGUUGGGAGUAUGAUGGAUGGUGAACGUAUAAUCACCGUACAUAGUAGCGAUCCCACUCAGCCAGACGAUCUCACACAUAUCUCAGUCCAUGUCAGAUAG